UUGGUAUAUACAACAAUAUUUAGGGCCAUUUGUAAACUCUAACAUGAUUUAAUUUUUAAUAAAUUUAGGAAGAUCCAACUUUGCCAUCUAGAAAGAAGACCCCAUUUUCCCCCAUAGUAGAGAGAGAAAGAGAGAACAAGGGAAGAGAGAGAAAAUUGGAGAGAGAGAAAGAAGGAGAGAUCGAAGCAGAGUUGGCAUAGACUCGAAGGAGAGAGAGUCGGCAUUAAUGGCGGAGGGGCAAAAACCGAGAAAACGCAGUGAAGAGAGUGUGAAGCUGUUCGUAGGUCAAGUGCCAAAGCACAUGACUGAAGCACAGCUUCUCUCAAUGUUCGAAGAGUUCGCUCUCGUCGACGAAGUCAACAUCAUCAAAGACAAGACCACGCGAGCUUCACGAGGGUGUUGUUUUCUUAUAUGUCCGUCAAGGGAAGAAGCAGACAAAGCAGUAAAUGCGUGUCAUAAUCAGAGAACUCUUCCUGGGGCAUCAGGUCCAUUGCAAGUGAAGUAUGCAGAUGGCGAGUUGGAAAGGCUAGAGCACAAACUUUUUGUUGGUAUGCUUCCAAAGAAUGUUUCUGAUGCUGAAGUUUCCGCACUAUUUUCUCAAUACGGAACUAUAAAAGACUUGCAAAUUCUGAGAGGUUCUCAGCAAACAAGCAAAGGUUGUGCUUUUCUGAAGUAUGAGACAAAAGAUCAAGCUCUUGCUGCCAUAGAGGAACUCAAUGGGAAGCAUAAAAUGGAGGGUUCAACUGUUCCUUUAGUUGUCAAAUGGGCAGAUACAGAAAAGGAAAGGCAGGCUCGCAGGGCUCAGAAAGCUCAAUCUCAGGCUUCUCAUGCGUCAAAUGCUGACUCCACACAACAUCCAUCUUUAUUUGGAGCCUUGCCAAUGGGUUAUUUUCCCCCAUACAAUGGUUACGGGUAUCAGGCUCCGGGACCUUAUGGACUCAUGCAGUACCGCCUGCCUAUGCAGAAUCAACCUGCUUUCCAUAAUAUGAUUCCACCAGUAAACCAAGGAAAUGCUUUACGUGGAGUUACACCUGAUCUUGCCGCUGGUGUGGCCCCAAGAAAUUAUGCUAUGCCACCUGCGAGUUAUGUGGGUUCUGCUUAUUCAGCAGUGCCAGGAGUUCAGUAUUCUAUGGCAUAUCCCGGGGGAAUGAUAAGUAGCCGGCCUUUGAGUGGUUCAAUUAGUCCUGUACCACCUGCUUCUCUUACCAGUCCCUCUGCAGCAUCUUCAAGUGUCAGUGGAAGUUCUGGGGGUCAGGUUGAAGGUCCACCUGGCGCCAAUUUGUUUAUUUAUCACAUUCCUCAAGAAUUCAGUGAUGAAGAGCUUGCAAAUGCCUUCAAAGGAUUUGGUAGAGUCUUGAGUGCCAAGGUCUUUGUUGACAAAGCCACUGGUGUUAGCAAAUGUUUUGGAUUUGUCAGUUAUGAUUCACCACAGUCUGCUCAAGCUGCAAUUAAUAUGAUGAAUGGCUGCCAGUUAGGUGGUAAGAAGUUGAAGGUUCAACUUAAAAGAGACAACAAGCAAAAUAAACCUUAUUGAUUUGAAGGUAAGCCAUGAACAAAUCAGAAUUGUCUACCACAUAUGGUAACACGCAACCUGUAUAUCUGGGAGUUUGCUCCACUAUCAGCUAUUGUAGGGUGGAUUUCAGAUAUCAGACAAUCAAUAGUGCUACUCCAUCCUACUACCUGAAGGGAUUGAAGGCCCAAAAACUUGUAAUUCUUGGUCGAUUAUAUGCCAAUGUAAUUUGUAAUUUAUGUAACAUGUAAUUUCAUUUAUACAUUGAUUAUUAAUUCAUUGAUUUUUCCUCGAUAA